AUGAAUAAUAAAACUUGUUAAAUUACUGAUGAUGCCAGAGAAAUGGUAUGUCAAGUUCAUAAUCAUGAGAUAGUUGCAAUAGAUUUAGUCUCUCCAGAAAAUAAAUAAUCUUAAUAUUUAUGUUUGAAUUGUUUAGUUGAGAAAAUGAAUAAUAAUAAUAUAUCAACAAAGGAAUAAACAUAAAAGAGAAUUAAAGAAUAUAAGGAAAAAAAAUAAAAAAAAAGGAUGGAUGACAUCAAAAUAAGGUUGAUAAAUUUAAAAACCCUAGUUGAUUAAAUUACGGCUCUUAAAAUUAAUGUUGAUAAAACUUUGGAUAAUUUAUCAUCUAAAAUAGAAACAAAAAUGAAAAUUACUUAAUAAGGAAUAUAAUCUUCAUAAGAAAAUUGUUAAAUUUAGUCUAAUUUCUAAGAGGAAGUUAAAUAAUUAUCUGAAUUUCUUUCAAGCUAAUAAAAUUAAAUGGACUUUGAUGAUAUUAAAGAUAUUGAAGACAUUUAAAAACAAUUUGAGAAAGAUUUUCAUAAUGAUGCAUACAUUAAAACUGUUUAGACUUUUAAGAAUGUUAUUGAGAAUUUAAAAGUUGUUAAUCAAGAUAAUAAAAUUGAAUUAAUUCCCCUGCAAAUUUAAAAUAAUUAAGUAAAUUUUAUAUAUUGAUUAAGAAACCAUAAACUUUAAGUAGGCUUUGUUAAGCACAUAAAAAAGAAACAAUUAUGAUUGAUUUAGAUUCUAAGAAUAAAAAUAUAGAAGAUAGAUUUGCUUGUGCCUAAUGCGUUAGUGAUCGUCUCAAAUGCAUUAGUGAUCCUCCAGAAUAUUAAUACAGAACAAUAGAAGAAGUAAAUUAGAUGUGGAAUGAAAAAAUGGUAGAAUAAGAUCGUAUUGUUAAUAGUUUAAAGUCAAAUAGGUAGAAAAAAAAAGACAAAUUGAAUAAAAAAAUUGAUAAAAUGAGAAAAAACUAUAUUGAAUCAUUAGAUAAUAUUAGUGAUA